GCCGUCGCGAUUUCUGUGUAUUUUGCAAAUAUAUUAGAGAAAGUGUAGUAAUAGAAAAAAAAACAUUUUUCCUACGCAAACACAGCUGAUUUGUGAGACUGUGCCCAUUCCGAUAUUACUUAAUACAAUACUAUAUAAGAAGUUCUCUGGAAUUUUAUAGAAAAUAGUGAAGAGCUCCAGUUAUUCAUAACAUUAAUUGUUUUGUAUAUAGUGUUUGCCUAUAAAAUGAGCUCUUGGGAGAAUAAUCAAGAGAUCGAAAUAUUUCGUGAAUACCUGCGUAUACCAAGUGUGCAUCCGGACGUUGAUUAUGCACCCUGCGUGGAAUUCCUGAAAAGACAGGCAAUCGAUUUGGGAUUGCCUAUUGAAAUUUACUCUCCCGCGGGCCCGACAAAACCGGUUGUUGUCAUAACAUGGGUAGGCAAGCAACCAGAUUUGCCUUCGGUGGUCUUGAAUUCACACAUGGAUGUUGUGCCCGUGUUUCCCGAGAAGUGGACUCACCCACCAUUCGGUGCCGACAUCGAUAAGGAGGGCCGAAUAUAUGCGCGUGGCGCACAGGACAUGAAAUGUGUGGGCAUGCAAUAUCUGGCAGCGAUAAGGGCGCUGCGCAAAAACGAUGUGAUCUUAAAGCGCACCAUUCAUGUGAUUUUUGUACCAGAUGAGGAAAUUGGUGGCGUCGAGGGCAUGCGCGUGUUCAUCCAAUCGAAGGAUUAUGAAAAACUAAAUGUGGGCUUCUCACUGGACGAAGGCAUCGCCUCGGCCGAUGAAACUUUCCCAGUUUACUAUGCGGAGCGCAGCAUCUGGCAUGUCCACUUUAUAUUUAGCGGCACAGCCGGUCACGGUUCCUUGUUACAUAAAAAUACCGUUGGCGAGAAACUUCAUUUCAUUCUAAAUAAACUGAUGGAAUUCAGACAGCACGAAGUGAAGCGUUUAGAAAACGAUAGUUCGCUUUCUAUUGGUGACGUCACAACCAUCAAUUUAACCAGGCUAAAUGGCGGUGUGCAGAGCAAUGUGGUGCCACCGACGUUGGUUGCUGUUUUCGACAUGCGUUUGGCGUUGAGCGUUGAUCAUGAUCUCUACGAGAAACAGCUAAAUAAAUGGUGUGAGGAAGCUGGUGGUGGCAUCGAAAUAAAAUUUGAACAAAAGCAACCAAAAGUUGAAGCCACGAAAAUUGAUGAUUCCAAUCCCUUCUGGUUGGCAUUCAAAAAAACGACAACGGAACUUGGCUUGAAAAUCACGCCUCUUGUAUUCCCCGGUGGCACCGACAGCCGUUAUAUUCGUCAAGCUGGCGUUCCAGCCAUUGGAUUCUCACCAAUGAACAACACUCCCGUGUUGUUGCAUGAUCACGAUGAGUUCUUACAAGCGGAUGUUUACUUGAAAGGAAUUGAAUACUAUAAAAAAAUCAUACCAGCUGUUACAAAUGUUUAGUUUAUUUUUUUUUUUCUCAUUGUUUAAUUGUAUAAUA